AUGGACCAUGUGCUGCGGCCUAGCACCCCCGGCGGCCGCCAGCCCCGGCGGCGUCGCCGUGGAGGGAACCGCGGAGCGUCUGCCUCAUGCAUAGACUGCCUUGGCGAGGACAUACUGUUCGAAAUCUUCCGCCGCCUCCCCUCCCUGGCGACGCUCAUUCGCGCCGCACUCAGCUGCAGGGCGUGGCGCAGCGCGGUGGCCUCCUCACCGUCCUUCCGCCGCCGCUUCCGCGCCCUCCACCCGGCGCCUGCCCUCGGCCUUUUCUUCUCGCCCUUCAGCCCCGUCCAAUACCCUAACGCCCCCGCCUUCCCCGCCUUCGUGCCGACCCGCCGCCCCGACCUGGAUCUGGCGGCCGCGGUUCGCGGCGGCGACUUCUUCCUCACCUCCGUCCAACACGUGCACGGCCCCGGCAUGCCCCCAUGCUGGGAUGUUUUCGACUGCCGUGACGGCUUCCUCAUGCUCAACGACUGGGACGAGUGCUUGCUCCUCUUGUUCAACCCGUUGUCACGGUCGAAUCGUGGCUCAUUUCUUUCGUCUGAGGACAUAUUGGACGAUUGCCGUGGCUGCGGGGUCCUGGUGGAUCCUCAGUUCAUCUACUCUGAGGAGGACCCCAGUUCGUUCCGUGUGGUGUGGCUUGCGCAUGACGAGUCCAGGGUGAGGGCUGCGGUCUUCUCCUCGGACACCUGGGAGUGGCGCAAUCUCCCAUGGUUUCAAGCUAAUGGGAUGUUCAUCUACUGGGUUUGCAACAAUAGGGAGAGUAUCAUCACAUUGGACACAACCACUAUGGACUUCUCUCUCUCUGACUUGCCUCACUACUUGAGGAGUCGAGAUGUCAGCUUUGUCAUCGGUGAAACCAAAGAUGGCGCGCCUUGUAUUGUUUAUGCGUUUGAACUCUUCGUCGGCGUCUUUCUACGCACAACUGAUGAUACUGGUGUUGAGAGAUGGGAGCUGGGCAGAGUAGUCGAUUUGGGCACACGAAUUCAGCAUGUCCUCGGGGACCUACCAGACGACCUUGAUGACAUGAAUGUUGUUGCCAUCAGGAAUGGGUUUGUGUACUUAGCAACAUCCAAGAUGCAUCAUGAUCCUCAAAACCCUUGCUGGUUCUUGAGCCUUUGCUUGGAAACAAUGGAGCUGGAAAUGCUGUUUCAGAGGACCUUUGAUGGCGAUGUUUGUCCAUAUGUCUUAUCGUGGCCUCGUUCUCUAGUAGGCAACUAUGGGAAGUUCGCGCUUGAAGUUGCGCCGUGA